CGGUUCCCGAUCCGUAUCUGCGAUCACCGCGCCCCGGGUUUUGCGCGUCUCUCUGUGCGUUUUACGCCCAUUCUGCCAAACACACACACACACACUCACUCUCUCACACACACACACACACACACACACAUACAUACACACACACCCAUAGCGCAGUUUUGCCGAGGCUAUACAGAUCCAUGCCAACAUGCAGUAGUAUACUCCUCUGCAGCCAAUAAAAUACUAUGAAGGUUUAAUAAUAAUACAAACCAAGGCGUCUUCUGGCCCUGGCAUUCUGCGCUAUACCAUGAGGCGCCCGCGGCUGUGGACCCUUCUGUGUUUGAUGACCAUCUGCUACCAGCUUGGGAUGUCAAGCAGAUACGGUUGCCUGUUUCAGAGGAAGUUGUGUCCCAGAGGGCAGCAGUGCCUGGAUGAUGCACUCUUUGGCCAGUGCCAGGACUCCCAACAGCAGCGGGUCCAGUACCAGGUGUCGGUGCCGGUUCUCCAGAAGCUGCAGGAGGUUCUGAAGCAGCUGAUGAUGCAGGGUCUUUCCUGGCAGGAUGACAUAGUCCAGUAUGUCAUCUCUAAGGAGCUGAGCCGCGUCCCUCAGUCCCGCACCCCCGCCACUCCCUGGGAUGGCCCACCUCCCCAGCCCUACCAGCCCUUGGACAAGUCGUCUUCUAAGCCUCGGCCAGAUAUCAGUCAGCUGAGCCCAGCCACGGCACAGCGCUAUCUGGACCCCGUGGCUGCACCGGGCCGACCCCAGGCCUCCCUCCGCAUGCAGGCGCCGGUGCCGGACCCCUACACCUACCGGCAGUUUGGGUACCAGGACGAAGAAGAGCGCUCCCUCAACUCUCUGGACAGAGCAGAGUUUGCCCGGCCUUCCUCCUCGCACAGUCGGGCCGGCAUGCCGAGGGCUGAAGAACGAGGCCGGCAGCUGCUGGAGGAUGUCCUCUCCCUCUACCUGUCCCCUGGACAGCCCUCCUCCCGCCACCAGGCAGGUGUCGCCUCCCGUCCCAUCUACCAGGCUUUGGAUUUGCCUUUAGACUACUCGGAGAACCUGGUUCUGCAGGAGGAGGAGGAGGAAGUCAGCAGCCAGCCACAGCAAAAGAAGGAACCCCAGAACUACAGCACUCUCUCUAGGCUGGAUGACGUGACUCUGAACCAGCUGGUUGCUGUGUUGAAGAGGUACGGAGUCAGUGUGAAGGACCUGUCCCCACAGCAGCUGGAACGCCUGAUGAGUGCCCUGCGGCCUCAUCCCGUCGAAAGCCUGAAGGCUCCAGAUCGGCUCCAAAAGGCUGAAGUCACAGGGAAAAAGGCGCUGCUGACAGAAGGUGUGAUGAUGUACAAAGGUGACGGAGCCCCCUCGCCUGCCCCCUCGGUGGACCUGCUUCCUCUCCAGCAGCCCCCCCCCUACAGGGGCCCCCACCAAUACAGGCAGGCACGGUGGGGGGUGCUGCAUCAGGGUCGAAGGCCAUGCUGUCUGCUGAAAACACACGGGGGAGGACAGCCUCAAGACUCCAGUGCAGCCUCCGGAGGAGUGGACAGCUCGCUGGCCCAGGAGGAGUAUGGAUACAUAGUCACCAACCGCGGACCACUCAGCCUCUAUGAUGGGGUGCGUCUUUUGGAGACCUUGGCUGACAGGAUCCACCUACCCGCCAGCACAUUCAUCAACAUCAGUGUGGUGGGUCCAGCCCUGAUGUUCAGAGUCCGACAGAACCAGCAGAAUCGCAGUGCCAACGACGUGGCUGAUAAGGCCAUGGCAGAGAAGACCUUCCUGGAGUCUGAGACGGGCCUGAAGAUCCUCCAGACAGGAGUGGGAGAGGUGGGUCAGAACCUUCCGAACCUUCCUUAUCCCCUUUUUGGAUAA